CGUCCUACAGUCCACUUUAAUCGAUUUUCCCAUCAUCUUCCCAAUGUUGACAAAUAUACCUUCGUCAAAAUAUUCUAUUGGGAGUCCUAGGAUAUGAAUCCAAACCGCAGUAGAGGCAAUAUUCGACUUUUCAGCCAGGAAAUCAGGUCUCCAUUUUUGAACUAUCAAGUAAUGAUCCAUUAUUUUCCAUGGGCCUUCGGUUCGUCUUCACUGUCAGAGUCUGGAUCUUCGUCCUCAAGAUUUAUCGAACUGUCGAACAUACAUGUAAAGAUGGGAGAAUCCAAAACUGUAUCUUUCCACGAUCUUUCACUGUUCACCAAUGCUGUCGUAUCUUCUCCCUCGGAGGGUCUGAAUCUCUUGUUACCUACAUUAACAUCAUCCAUCCUUGCUUCCGCCUGGGUCACCACGGUGACUGGCGGGUUAACCGCCUCCAUACAAAAACAAUCUCAAGGCUGGAGAAAAAAUCAGAAUCUUUUUAAGAUCGAACUUGGUUUUGCACCCCUAAAUUUCCUAUAUGUGCCAUAUCAAAACAAUAGAUGAAAAUAAAACUUUUCAUCUCUUAAUAAUUGAAUGGUGUAAUAGAGAACAUUCAAUUACACUCCAAUUCA